AUGGUGAGCAUACUGCAGCGGAUGCGAAAGCUGAAAACAGUGAAAGGUAAAUCACCGUCGAGUCUCCACCGAUCACCCCCCGAGGCGCCUCCAGCUCACCUCCUGCAGCUUCUCGCGAUACGAGUAGGACCUGGUGCGGCAUUGCUACCCAAAGAUGUGCAACGAAUACAUCUAGAGUUUGCCAGCAAGAUCAAUGGCGGAAACAUGGGGCCUCGCAAGUUCUGGCGGCACCACCUUCCCCGAUUAAAAUACCACAAUCCAGCAGUCCCCAUGACUGUAUCCCGUACCACCGACCAAUCCGGCCCAGCAACCCUCACAAUCCACUUCGGUUCCGCCGCUGAACCCUCCCCUGAGGUCGACUCCACCACACCCGCAGACUCUACCGUCACAUCCUCUGGGGCGGCGGACAGAGUAGUCACGAUCGACAUGAAGAACAAACGGGAUUCAGAGAUAUUACACGAGCUGCUCAAGGCGACGAAGGCAGUGGAACUAGGGCCGACAGAAGAGGACCAAGAGGCAUUACGGGAGCUGAAAGAGCAGAGGGAACGGAGUGCUCGAGAUAGUGAGAUGAGCAGGGGGGUCAAUGCGAAGAGGAAGAGGGAGGCCGAGGCGCUUGCGCAGGCAAGGAGGGGUCUUGGGUUGGCUACCGCUUGA